CCUACUGUGUAGUACCCCCGAGUCGCAUUGUCUCUCGAAGUGAUGACUGAAGCUUGCCUCCUCCUCGUACAAAUAUGCGCCAACACUGGCGACGAAGACUGGAUACUUCCUGUCCCAUAUCUCAAUGGAUGAUCACGUCCAAGGCGCAAGUUCCGGAGCUCAACUUGUGUCCGUCCCACUGCGGCCGCUAACGUCUGAGACGACAUGCCUCAAGCUUGUCUCUCCUGCGUUGUCAAAUGGAUGUAGCCUUGCUAUCUUCAGUCGCAAGCAUGGGGAAGCCAAUCGACUCGCGAACAAAUCUCCAUGAAUAUACAUACUGAACGUGCACUGACUGUUCUCCAUUUCCACGUCUGGCAUCUAGCGAAGGCCGCUUCUUAAGACACGUCUCCACACAUCAAAUGAUUGUUACUGUGACUUCGCAGCCUAUUGCCGCGGCCAAAGCAAGGACCCCUGGGAACAUCUCGCGCCAUCUAGGGAUCGUCUUGUGAAAUCCUGGUUUCGCGUUUUCAAUGCACGAUGACGAAAUAUUUGCACCGGUCCACGAGACUCAUAUAAAUGGUGUCAAUGCUCAUAAUCUAAUCACACCAUUCGACACGCACUACCAUGGCGCCGGUUGCAACUGAACUCGCCCAAUCCACCUCUGAGCGGAUUCAGUCUCUCAAGGAACAAGCUAAAGCCGAUGAAGAUGUGUCCGUCUUCAAUCCCUUCUACUCCCCUUCAAUUGGAGACGAUGGGGAUGCGUCAUAUGAACAUGCUCAGUACAAGCCGUUCUUUCCCAAAGUGUCCUGGCCACCCUUGACGGAGGUCGAAGUUGUUGACCGCGCUCAAUUCGCCGAUCCCUCUAAGAAGAAUCUGCUCGGCGCGGCAAGCAAAGUCAUCACUCUCAACCCCACUAUCGGGACGGAGCUGCACGGCAUCGACCUGCGCCAGCUUUCUGAAGCGCAAAAAGACGAGCUGUAUGUUUUUCUCCGCUUCGAAGAGCAUUCGCUGAGUAUUCGCAUCUUCCGAGACCAAGAGAUCGAUAUCAACGGACAACUGGAGCUCGCCCGUCACUUCGGACCUCUGCACAAGCAUGCGACGACGCCUAUUCCUCAGAUCGGCCUGGAGGAAGUACAUGUCGUGUACAAUGACUCUUCUCGUCGCCCGGAUCCUGCUGCAUUCUCAGCCCUAGAACUGUGGCACAGCGACGUCUCGUACGAACUGCAGCCACCGAGUACGACGUCGCUUAAAGUCAUUGCGGGCCCCGAGUACGGAGGAGACACGCUCUGGAGCUCAGGAUACGCCCUGUUCUCGUCAUUCAGCCCGGGCUUCCAGAAAUACCUCGAGGGCUUGAGCGCAGUGCACAGCGGUGUUGCACAAGCCGAAGGAUCCCGUGCUGCUGGACUGCACGUUCGCAGAGAACCCGUCGAAUCCGUUCAUCCCGUUGUCCGUGUUCAUCCGGUCACAGGAUUCAAGAGCAUCUAUGUUAACCCGGGAUUCACACGCCGUAUCGUUGGCGUGCCAAAAGCGGAAUCCGAUGCGCUGCUGCAGCUGCUGUUCCAACAGCUAUCGCAGAACCCUGAAUUCCAGGUUCGCUUCCGGUGGGAAAAAAAUUCGGUUGUCUUCUGGGACAAUCGCAUUGUCACGCACUCGGCUACAUUCGACUUUUGGCCUGCGCGCCGGCACGCUCUUCGCGCAACUCCCCACGGCGAAAAGCCGAUUUCAGUGGCUGAGUAUGAGGCAUCUGGAAAAGUCGCCAAGGACCGCCGCAUCGAGGUUUGGCGGCAACAGGGCUUGGAGCCGCCCCAUGUUGGCGGCGGACCGGCCAAAGUUCGCGGGUACAAUGAUUGA